GCAACUAACCAUCACCCCCGAAGGCAUUCUCAGCGCAACCAUAAUUGAUAUCCUUCGCUAGCGCAAUCAAAUAUGGUGCAGAACGAGCCUCAGUAUUCGCUGAACGUGCCCAACGUCAACGCUGAUGGCAAUCAGUUGACACCCGGAACUCCUCAGAAUCAAGACCCUCUGUUCGAUACGUGAAGAAUACUUCCACGGGUCUCCGUUACUCCUCUUCCUCCCCAGGCGUUUGCAGCAGCGUACUCAGGCUACCUCAACAAGAUACGAAUGCCUGUAGAAAAAUGAACACCCUACAUGGAGGAACGGCCAGUUGACCUUCACCUUCUCCAUACCGAGAUCAUCAAGGCUGGUGGACCACACAACAUUAUUGAGACCUACAGACGACCUCUGAACGAGUGCUGGCAGAUUUUCGCUGCGAAGCUUGGAUUCGUGCAGUUUCCUGGGAAUGAUAGAGAGCUCCCAAUGUCCUCGCCUGCAUAUGGCCAUAUGUUACAGCAGGUCUACAAGGCCUAUCUGUUCUCAUUUGAUCUAGCAUAUAUAAGGAUAUGUCUGGCGAAGCGUAAAGGGGCAUCUCAGGUUGGGGCAAACAGCGCCAACCCUGCGGGGGUUCAAGUUCACGGGAACAUGGGUAUGCACCCGAUGCAGGGCGGUUCUUCUGAAGCGUCUUCGAUGCAAACUGUCAACACCUUGGGGCGGCCACCAGUCCAGAUGAUCCAAGAUGUAUUGAUGAUCACUUCGUCGCAACGCGGAAGGGAAGAGCUGGAGAAGUAUGGGCAACGGCGUCAGUCGAUCGCGCAAAACCUGCAGUUGGCUAUCCAGAGGCAUAACCAGCUCGUAAAUAGUCGACAGCAAGGGAACGAGUCUUUGUACCAACAGCACAUGCCCCGCCUGACUACCCAAAUUGGGUUGAUGCAGACGAUGAUUACAAGGCUCGACAAUUUGCGACCCCAGUUGCAGCUCCGCAUCCAGCAACUAGAGCAGCAGGAACGCCUGCAGGGUGACACUUCUACGCCUUCGGUGUCAGACGCUUCCAACCCGGACACGACGUUGUCCGGCCUGGAAGAUGAGCUUGAACGUCUGAACAUGUGAUCCAACACUCCCUUUCCCAUAGAGUACAGCAACACCGCCAUUCCAAGGGUGCCCAAGAAGUGUCUGCGCGCUCGUGAUACAUACCCAUAAUGUACCCAUGGCCCGCGCGGGUUUUCUCUGCCUUUGCAUAUCACAAUGUAUUAUGUUCAGAAUCC